AUGGAAACAGAGCGUCUCCGCCCAGCAGCCGCCGCCGCCGGCAGCUACCAAGACCAAGAAGAAGAAAACUCCUCAGCCUUCUCAGGAUGCAACUGCUUCGGCUCCUUGUUCUCGAGAUGGGGAACCAAAUCCGCCAGCAGCGAAAGCAACAGCUACCUUCUGAUGCAAAACAGGGGAGGAGGGAAAACAGGGGAAGACGAAAACCAGCAGCAGAAAACAGAGCCCUCGUCGUGGGUCAUGAACCAGAUGAAGAAACUAAAGGAGGUUUCGGAGAUGGUCGCCGGGCCCAAGUGGAAGAACUUCAUUAGGCAAAAACAGAGGAGGAAUCAGAAGUUCACUUACAACGCCGAGAGCUACGCCCUCAACUUCGACUGCGGGUUGGACGAGGAAGAGUACGACUACGUCCCUGGGUUUUCGCAGAGGUUCGCCGCCGUUCCGGUGGAUAACAGGAAUCGUGAAGCUUUUGGGUUGUGA